AUGUCGGAAUCGACAUUGAACGAAUAUCCUGUCGACGAUGACGAAUUACAGCUUGUACUUAGAGAUACUCCGCACCUGCUCAAUUACAAAGACUUUGAUGCAGAGGCCGCAAGGUUCCCCAGCAGGCUUCCACUGCCACAACGGAUAGGUCUGCAGCCCUAUCACUGCACACGAGAGAUAUGGCGCUACCUCAAGGUCCAGAUUUACAAGGUCCCAAGGCAGAACAUGCCUAAGAACGAGUGGACGCUCGUAGAUCUCACCAGUUGGCAUAGGAUUUCGUUUGGGCUGGGGAACGAUGAUGAUGUACACCCUCUUUUGCGUGACCAGGAAGGUCUCGAUGGCGACAAUUACGAGACAGUUCAAAUGAUGGAGUGGGAGGCCGCAAAGAUGCCUCAUCUCAUCCUGGUCACCUGCCACAAAGUCAAGGGUGACAACCAAAGCCUCCUGUAUGGGGAGUUGGCGCCCAUUGUGGAGGCAAUGGACGUUCGUUUGAUCAAGACGAGUAUGAAAAGUGUUCUACGGCUCCGAUCGUUUAUCUCCGGCAAGCAAGAUCGAAGACAGCCGUUUCCCUCGAUCUUUAUGCCGGAGACUCGACGUCUUCUCUCUACCAUAUCAAUGGAUAGUAGCGAACAGACCGAGCUUGCAAAAGCCCAGGCCCUAGGGGAGAUAAUGACGCCGGCAAUUCCAUUGCUGCGCAUGUCUCCGCAAAUGCGCGCUCGCGAUCCGGACGAUGACUGGACGGGUCGUUCUGACCGGGCAGAGAGGAGACGACGACAGAAUCGAUUGAAUCAGAGAGCCUACAGGCAAGAGUCCCGCUCAGAGUCGGUCCCAUCUUGCUAUGAAACCGCGUCUCUGUCUUCCCACACUUCCCCCCUUAUGCUAAGUCCCCAACCCGGUCAUGGAAAUAAGACGGCAAUCUGCAGAUUACCAGCUGAAGAAAGAAGCAAGAUGAUGAAUGACUUUGAGGAACGGGCCUACAUGCACUACAUUCUGGGCUCACCUCAGGCAGAUCUCCUCCUCCACCUGGUACGCUUCAAUGCCUUACGGGCGUAUAUACACAACACAAUCUUCCUAAGACUGACAGAUGACGAUGUGAGGCUGGAUGAUUCCCUAUCUCCAUUUAACAAGGGAGUCCUCACCUAUCCCGAGUCCUCACUUCCGCCCAGCCUACGCCCGACUGCGUUGCAGCUAUCCAUCCCGCAUCAUCCUUGGUUUGACGCGAUCCCCAUUGCGAGGAUGAGAGACAAUCUCAUUCGCGCCGCUGACUCGUUUGAUGACGGAAAACUGUGCGCAGAUUUGAUGGAGUUUACCUGCGAGUCCAGUGACAAAAUCUACUUAAUUGUCUGGGGAGAGCCCUGGGAUCCUCGAGGGUGGGAAAUCACCAAGUCGUUCCUCCAGGAAUGGGGUUGGACCAUCAGAGGCUGUCCGGAGCUGCUCGAAUCUACCAACUACUGGCGCGCCAAACGUGGAGAGAAACCUUUGUUGUGGGAUGUCUCCUAA